CUCGCUGCCGCCGGGGUGACGUAUUCGUGGCCCGAGUUUAUUAAACCUGGAAUGGCCGACACUAACGCCACUUCCGUUCUGUGCACAUCAUGUCGGAAAUAACUGAAGAGCAGGAGUCCCUGUCGCCUCAGGAUGGGGGCGAGAUCCCGGAAGGUGGAGGAACCACGGUGGGGGUACUGGAGCCGGUUCCCGCCUUAGCCGUGCCCCCGGUGGCUGAGGAACCUGCUGGAGAUACGAAAAAGAAAAUUGAUGUUUUGCUUAAGGCUGUUGGAGAUACCCCUAUAAUGAGGACCAAGAAAUGGACUGUAGAGAGAACUCGCACAAUCCAGGGGCUUAUUGACUUUAUCAAAAAGUUUCUCAAACUAAUGGCCUCAGAACAACUGUUUAUUUAUGUAAAUCAGUCUUUUGCGCCUUCACCGGACCAGGAGGUUGGAACACUCUAUGAGUGCUUUGGAAGCGAUGGCAAACUGGUACUGCAUUAUUGUAAAACUCAAGCCUGGGGAUGAAUUAUGACCUGCCAUUUCUUAGGACUGUCAGAUGGCAAAUGGGCUUUGAUCUUCAGAGACAUUCCCUGUCUACAAAUUGAAGAGAUGUCAGCACUGUUGCCCAUGGAAUUAACUUUAUUCUUCCUCACGUUUUCUCUACAGAUCAAUGCAGGCAAUUAGAAGAUCUAUGUAUGGGUCUCAGCCUGAUAAUAUUCUUCAUUUUGUGAAAAUAUUUGUGCUUGUGCUCCUGAACAAUUAAGCUGUCUUUCUAUGCACCAAAACUCUGAGGUUUCUUUUUUGAAAAGUGAUAUGACUGUUCUGAUUUAAGAGUCCAUGGUUCAUCAUUUACCAGGUUGUAGGGAAGUUUAUACCUUCACUUUGCAGAAAAAUACUUAUUGGAUAUGGAGUUUCUGUUCCUAUGAAGAAAGGGUUAAAAUUUCUAUUUUCUGUUGUCCUUGACUCCUUGUUUGACUAGAUUCCAGUUUCUGCUUCCAUGUGCUCAUAGGACUUUGGACUUGUAUUUCAGUUAGCACCCCUCUCCCCUCAAAUUGCAAACUUUAUCUGGAAUUGUAAGGACUUUCAAAUAUAAUUUGUGAUGUGGCAUGUAAGGGGGUGGGAGUCUUCUGCUGUUCAAAGGGGAAAGGCCCUGGGCCAACAUUUAAAGGUUUUUACAUCUUGGGCAACUUGUACUUGCUUUCUAAUACAAUAUGCUCAACAUUAUUGUUAUUUGAUUACUUGUAUCACAGUGAAAAUAUUUGCUAUUCUGAAAACUAUGGUCAGAGUCCGUAUACUACUAUUAUACCAUCAUACAGCCAGUGACUCGAGCUCAUCAUGCUUUUUUGGUAUUCCUCCCCCAAGAUGUCUGCCAAUAUAUACUUUUUUUUGACAAUCCCAUGCUGUUUAAGAAUGUUUUUCCUUGCCAGAUUAAAUGCCAGCCCUUCUACAGUUAUGAAAGGUAGAGAUAUUAAUUUACCUUAUUUAGAAAGGAUCUGUUUAUGUUCUUCUGGUUCAAUGGAUUCUCUAGCACUAAUGCUGUUGAGAUGUCUCUUCUAUAAGAUUCUUAGAUUGUGUUAUGUUAUCCUCUGGCCUGGAUUAUCUAUGUCUGAGGUAAUAUCCUUUUAUUGAAUAAGAAGGAUCCUAAAGUUUGACUGGCAGUUACAAAUUUUAUUCCAGUCCUUAUGACCUGUAAGCAACAGAAAGUUCCUCUUGAGCCCAUUAUGGUAAAUGAAUAACUAUGAACAUCUAAAAUGACAUUGGAGGAAGGGAAAGAUCACACAUUAGUUCUGCUCAUCGUAUCAUCAGUAACAGAAAUAACAAUUUAGGAAGGAAGUUGCUGGUAGUAACUCAGCUUUUACUUCUGAUCAACAAUGGUGUGCUGGUUUUCAAGCAGGGCCUACUUUUAUUUGCUCUCAAUCUCAAUUUUUGAUAUUUCUCAUCUCUAAAUAGGAGAGUGGUGUCCCGAAUUAUUUUAAGCUGAUGUAAUUUUUUUUUUGCAAGACUGACAACAUUGCAAUUGUAUUGUUAAAAUUAUUUCCUAGAAACCAUUUUUGGAUUGAUUAAGGCCCAAUACAUUAUGGAAAACAAAAUCUUUCUAUAGCUGCUUUUAUAGAAACACUAUUACGAAUCUGGCAUUUUGUUAUUUAUUAAAUUUUAUCUACCUUUCUCCUGAUGUGGAACUCAGGGUCACCUACAUAGAACUCUGAGGAGAUGUUCCCCCCAGAUGCUGACCAGAGCCAGACUUAAUUAGUUGUAUCAUGGUUUCUCUUUUAUGACCUUCCAGAUUUAUCCUUGAACCUUAAAACAGCCAUCAUAUUUUCACCAGACACUGGCUGGAUAGAAUAAUGGUGUCAUAACAUUAGGGGCCAACAUGUCAUUGGUAAAUCCCACAUUAGUACCACUUUCAGCUGGGCUACAUAAUAAGAAUAAACCUUUAGUCGGCAUUAAAAAAUACAGAGUCAAAAACAAACAAACAGUGCAAAAAUCUGAAAUACAGGGGAGGAUCAACAUACCAGAACUUUCCCAAGAAAUCUGGACUACAUAGAUCAAGCCAUGCAGCCAAAGUCACAGGAUAAUGCAAAUAGCAGUUGUCUGUUUAAUGGGGCCACUAAACAUGUUCCAUGUGAUUCAUGUUUGACAUACAAACAUGUGGUUUGAAGCAGAGUUUGGAUAUGAGACUUAGUCUGCUAUAGAACAUGUUGUUGUUAACAUUUUUAGGCCACUCUUCCCCUUGUGGGCUCUUGGCGGCUGAGGUAAGCACAACUAAGUACUGUGCAAGUUGCUUCAUAUGAAUGCUUCUACUGUGGAAAUUGCAUCUCCUCAACUCUGCACCAUCAUCAUUCCGCAAAUAAGGCACAUUAUUGCUGAUUGUGCUUUGGGUUCCUAAUGGCUGUAUGUGGUGGUUGUCAAGAAACAGCUUUCGGCACUCAGCUCAAACACUGCUGCAAACUCUGUGGAUUUUAGGGAUUUAUUAAACUUAAAUGUUUUGAAGCAUAGUAAUGUAUUAAAUAACACCUUCAUAUUAUAAUGGUGAAAUGUUUGUAGUUUCCAUAGUUUUGCAAAAUCAAUAGUAUAAUUGGGAAAUAAUAAUUGGGACUUAAAUGUGCUGUAGAACAUGUUGUUGUUGUUGUUAACAGUUUUAGGCCACUCUUCCCCUUGCGGGCUCUUGGUGGCUGAGGUAAGCACAGGUAAGUACUGUGCAAAUUGCUUCACAUGAGUGCUUCUAUUUGCUGUGGAAUUUAAGCCUCUCUGAGCUUUAUAGAGGAGUGUGGCAUAUAAGUUUGG